ACGGCUCAUGGGUUCCUGCAAAAUUGUGCUUAAAAAGCCUCUGAGAAAUUUUGUGACAAAUGAUUCCCAAAUGAUCGAUGGGAGUGUUGAAUUGCCAGGGUCCUCCCAGCCCAACCCAGAAAACCCAAUUCGUCAUCUUCCUCCAAAUUCCCACAUUUGAAGAAAUUAAUCAAGAUUAAUUUGUUGGGUCUGAUUGAAUGACUCAAAGUUUUGAAAUUUGAAGUUAUUGUCUAUAAGGCUUCUACUUCACCAUGCAAAUCGUUUCCAAGUUUUGAAGGCCAUUUUCUAGUCAAGUUUGUCUGUUUGGCGUACCACAGUUAUGUUUUUGAUUAAAAAGUAUGAGCUAUUCAUCAACUCAAUUUGCCACCUCAAGACAAAUGGGGAUAUACGAGCCAUUCCGCCAAAUUGGUGUGUGGAAAGAAACCUUCAGAGGUGAUCACACCUCUAACACAGCUGCUUCCACAAUUCUAGAAGAGGAUUCUGGUAUCGAAAACAAGAUUGGAUUUGUUUCUCAUGAACCCAUGCUGCCUUCCGGAAACGGAAAUGAUCACGAACCGAGCAGAUCUGCUGAUAAGGUGCAGAGACGGUUAGAACAAAAUCGUGAAGCUGCACGGAAGAGUCGUAUGCGAAAAAAGGCUUAUGUUCAACAACUCGAAACAAGCCGCUUAAAAUUGGCACAGCUGGAGCUGGAAAUUGACAGAGCUAGAAAACAGGGUGCCUAUGCAAGCAGUUCAUUAGGUACUAGCCAUAUGGGAUACAAUGGAGCUUUGAAUUCAGGGAUCACUACAUUUGAGAUGGAAUAUGGACACUGGGUUGAAGAACAACACAGACAAAUUGUUGAGCUCAGAAAUGCACUGAAUGAUCGUGCAACAGACAUAGAACUUCGAAAACUCGUAGACUGUGGCUUGAACCACUAUGCCAUUCUUUUCCGAAUGAAGGCAGAUGCUGCAAGGGUUGAUAUCUUUUACUUACUGUCUGGCAUAUGGAGAACAUCAGUCGAACGCCAUUUUCAUUGGAUUGGUGGAUUUCGCCCGUCGGAGCUGCUAAAUAUUGUGUUGCCACAGCUUCAGCCAUUGACUGAUCAACAACGUCUGGACUUCUGUAACCUGCGGCAAUCGUCACAGCAAGCGGAGGAUGCGCUAUCACAGGGAAUGGACAAACUGCAGCAGGCUCUGGCAUUGAGCAUAGCAGCUGAUCAAAUGAGUGGAGAAAGUUUUGGGUGUCAGAUGGCUUCUGCACUUGAGAAGCUUGAAGCACUAGAGAGCUUCUUGAGCCAGGCAGAUCACCUUCGGCAGCAAACGCUGCAGCAAAUGUCUCGAAUCCUCACGACACACCAAGCAGCGCAAGGCUUGCUUGCACUGGGGGAGUACUUUCACCGGUUACGUGCCCUCAGUUCUCUAUGGACUGCUCGUCCCCGCAAACCAACAUAGUCAGCUGCAACGUAUUCUCCGUAGUUAUAUGUAUUCUUUGUUCCAUUAUUAUGAACUUAUAUCUCCCUGUUUCAGAAGGUGUAACCGUGUAAAUAUGAAGAACCUUAGUGCAGGAGCGUUACCUAUGCAUAUAGGUUUUCAAAUUAGGUCUCCAAUGAAUGUAGCAUAUACGAAGUUUCUCUAAGGGUAGGAAUCAUUUCCGCGCUAAAACGCUUUAUCUGUUGUAGUGAGCAGUAUUAAGGUUUGUCGAGUUAUUAGAUUGUGGCCAUACA